AUGGAUUUCUAUUCAAACUUACCAGUUGAUGCGACAGCGACGCCUACAUUAUUUGAAAUUAUUUCUUCACAGGAGAUAGAUGGACUUUUGAAGCCGACAUUUCAGUAUCUUUCAGCAAAUGCAAUACAGCGAGCGCCUUCACGGACUCGUAUAUUACUGCAUACCCGUUUUGAUGAGCUUUAUGGGAUUUUCAAGUUAUUGCUCGAGUACUACCAUCUCAAAAGGUAUAAUGCUACAUUUAUCGAAAAGUUUUAUGGGUUGCAGAGGGAGCGAACAUCUCCUGGAGACUACGCUGGUAAUGCCAGCAUCGGCCUCUCUCAUGUACAAGUGGGAGUUGUAUUGUUUGAAAAAGUAGUUGGUGUCUAUUUGAUAGACAAACUCGAUCGGUGGCACGGGUCCCUUUAUGGCCGUAGGCUUGUAGCUCCCCUUUCUCGUUGGGAACAGUGGUUUGUUAAAUGGUAUCCACGUUUUAAAAAGCUCAUUGCCAUUACCAAUUUACUUUGCAAACUGGGCUACCUCUCGGGCAGGUUCCGGGCCAUUUCUGUGCUAGAGCAUUUGGCUUCCAUCCAAUACACACGUUCCUCGGCAACACCUGCAGGAGCUCCAACAGUGUUGGAGCCAGAGGACCGGCUGAUACAAACUAAUUGGCCUCGUAUCCGGUCUCUAAUUUAUAGGUUCCUUGAAAAAGCAGGUGGUAAACUCGGAUCGUUGAGCAGUGAACUGUUCCCAACGUUCAUAUUCACAAUAAGACUACUCCAACAGUGGUCUCAGCAGCCUGCCAAGAAACACGAUUCAUGGGAUAAUUUAUCUUCCAUCCCCCCACCUCCCCGGCCUGAUGUAGAAGUUGAUAUCGGUGAUGAUGGUAACAACAGCGAUACUGAUUCGGAUAUCCCCACUACAGCAGUCACUUACAGCAGUACAUCGUGUCCAAUUUGUAAUUCAGACAUUACCAACCCCGGUGUACUCCAAACUGGCUAUGUUGCCUGCUACCCUUGCGCCGUUAAAUACGUUGAAGAGUUUGGCAUAUGUCCCGUUAUGAAGACCCCACUACUCGGAGGCACCAAGGGUGUCCGUAAGUUACUCUGUUAG